AUGGCGUCCUGGAUUCCUGGUGCGGCAGAGUCGGGCUUCUCCCUCCAGAAUCUGCCCUAUGGUGUUUUCAGUACCGCCGUCUUAGACAAGCGCAUAGGCGUAGCUGUCGGUGACCAGAUUCUCGACAUGAGGGCGAUGAGCGAAGAGGGUAUGCUCGACGAUCUUCAAUUCGACACAAGAACGCUUCUCGAGCCCGUUUUGAACGCGUUUGCCGCUCAGGGGAAGGAUGCUCAUCGCAGGCUCAGACACAAGUUGCAGAGACUGCUGGCGCAAGACUCGGAUCUGCCUUCGGAACUACGCGACAAUCCAGGUCGACGAAACAAAGUUUGUAUCCCAGUGGCAGAAGCAACAAUGCACGUCCCAAUGAGUAUUGGCGACUACACGGACUUCUUUGUCGGUCUAUAUCACGCACAGAAUUGUACAGAGAUCAUUAGGCCUGGCAGCAAGCUUGCCAAGAACUUCUACGACCAGCCCAUCGGCUACCAUGGACGGGCGUCGUCAAUAGUUGUAUCAGGUACUCCGAUCAGACGUCCAAAAGGUCAAUUUGUGACCGACAGCGGCAACAAGGCUGGGCCCAGCGAGAAGCUCGAUUUUGAGGUAGAAUUUGCUGCCUUUGUUGGCCGUGGCAACGAGAUGGGAUCCUCGAUCCAAGUCGCAGACGCCGAAGAGCACAUUUUUGGGGUGGUAUUGAUGAAUGACUGGUCGUCGAGAGAUAUUCAGAUGCAAGAGUCAGCUCCGCUGGGUCCAUUUAACGGGAAGAACUUUGGCACGACCAUCUCAUCUUGGAUUGUGCCAUUGGAGGCUCUCGAGUCUGUGCGUACUCGGCCACUGCAGCCAGACGAACAGAAGCUGCUGCCGUAUCUUAAUGAGAAAGACAGGAAGUCGGCAUUCGACAUACCCAUUGAGGUCACGCUUGAGGAUGCAUCUGGCGCCUUUGCACUAACCACGUGCAACACCAAGUUCGGAAUAUUCUCGUUCGCUCAAAUGCUUGCCCAUCACACCCUUGGAGGCUGCCCCAUGAGGCCUGGGGACCUCAUAGCAACAGGUACAUUGUCUGGGCCGACUAGGGAAGAGCUUGGGUGCUUCUUGGAAUCAAGCUGGAAUGGACAGCGGUAUCAUGAAAUGGAGGGUCUCAGUCAGAGUGGUGGUGAUGGACGGAAAACCAAGCGGCUGUUCCUCAAUGAUGGUGAUGUGGUCGAGUUUCAAGCGAGGACCAAGGGCGCUCUCGGAGACGUCUCCUUUGGCCCUUUCAGAGGUCAGAUCGUGCCGGCGAACAAUCCUUGA